AUGGCGGGUAAAGACUGCGUGGCCAUUGCGUCCGAUUUGCGACUGGGCAAUCAAGCGUUGACAAUCGCGACAAAUUUCGAAAAGGUGUUUCCCGUGACAGAGAGGAUCAUGCUAGGGAUGGCAGGACUGGCGACAGAUGUUCUCACCCUACGAGAUCGUUUCCGCUUCCGUGUGAAUAUGUACACCAUCAAAGAGGAAAGAGAGAUUGAACCAGAAACGUUUGCGCACCUGGUCAGCUCGACACUCUAUGAACGCCGGUUUGGACCGUACUUUAUUGAGCCGGUUAUCGCUGGUCUGGGUAAAGGCACAAACAAGCCCUUCAUCGCCUCGACGGAUGUGAUUGGGUGCAUCAACUUUGCCAAAGACUUUGUUGUUGCUGGUACGGCGACGGACAAACUGUUUGGUGUUGCAGAGUCUCUAUGGGAACCUGAUCUGGAACCUGAGGAUCUCUUUGAGACGAUUUCGCAGACGCUAAUGAAUGCGGUGGACCGUGAUGCAUUCUCUGGCUGGGGGGCUGUCGUACAUAUAAUCACGCCUGAAAAGGUGAUCACACGACAUCUGAAGGCUCGUAUGGACUAG